AUGUGGGAUGAUUUCACGUGCAGCUGCCCACCCAAUACAGCGGGACAGCGCUGUGAGGAGGUCAGGUGGUGCGAGCUGUCCCCAUGUCCGUCCACUGCCGAGUGUCAAGCCCACGCUCAGGGCUUUGAAUGUCAAUUCCCUAAACUUCCUGUGUCUUUCUGCGGGAACGAGAGAUGGAACUACAGUUGCUUCAAUGGUGGGAAUUGCUCUUCUGUAGAGGAUAAUUGUGACUGUCUACCUGGAUUCACUGGACAGCGUACAGUGUAUAUAUAUAUACAGCAAACCAAACUCAGUCAUCUUCUGUCCGCACAUUGGCUUCAGGUUAUCAGGUUGUUGUUCAGCAUGCAGCUCUGCACUACGCUCACAGUUCUCGGGCUCCUGGUAACAGGGUCACAGGCGCAGGGGUUGAUGCCCACCAUCAGCUUGCCCCCCUGUGAUUCCCCUGAGGCUGAAGCAGCUGCUCUGGUGGCACAGGGAUUCCUCAACACUCAGCACACACACGGUUACAAAUAUGUCCUAAAUCAAAUUGACGAAAUCAAGAUCGUCUCCGGGCCACUUCAAGCAGACACGUACCAUUUGGAGCUAGAUUUUCUUGAAACUACGUGUCAUGUCUUGGAUCCAACACCUGUGAGCCUUUGUCCAGUCAGACAAAAAAUUAAUACGGCAGUUGAGGCCGAUUGUGAUUUUGUACUGGCAAAUACAACUCAAGGUCUGUCUGUUGUGGCAUUCAAGUGUAAAACUGAGACAGAAUCAGAAGGUGGAUGCGGAGGCUGCCUUCAACUCGUUCCAUUAAAUGACACCGAUGGCCUCCAACUCAUUGAAACCUCUUUAGAUCAUUUCAAUAAAAAUAAUCCUCUAAACACAAAGUUUGCACUACUUGAAAUUGGACGCAUGGAAUCCCAGAUUGUCAGUGGCGGACCCAGGUACUUUGCAGAAUAUGCCAUUAUUGGGACUAACUGCACAAGUCAAGAUGAUGAUAUAUGCAUCCCUCAGAAUCAUACUGUUGCUAUUCAUGGACUAUGUCUAGCUGAAGGUUCUGCCAAUCGUGUUAACUGCAAAAUCUUUGCCCCAGUAAAUACCACUUUGUUACUUCACAUUAAUGCAAUACAAUUAUUGUAAAUAUAGAAAAUUUAAUGGCUGCCUUUAAAGGGUCAAGAAACCCCCGUUUCAGCACUGGUUAUUUCUCACCACAGUUUUAAAAAAAUGUUUAAAAAAG